UGCAAUGACGAUCACACCAGAUAAGACUGCGGAAUAGUUUUCACCGCCGGUGGAUACCAUUAUUAAAUUUACUUGUACAUUAUAGACAGUAGUGGCUCAGCUUUUUGUAGCAGAUACUAGCGGAACGGUACAUCAUCCACAAUGUCGGCGGAGCAGAGCGAUAGCGAUGAUGAUGUGCCACCAUUGGAAGACUUUUCUGAACAUUUUGCAAAGCUCGAACUGGAAAAGCGACAGGAACAUCGCACGCCUGAGAUGACUGCCGGUGCCUCACUUUCAGCUGGUGAGGAUGAUAGAAAGCAGCAUCAGCCAACAGGGGCUGCUGUGUCUGGUGAAGAAGCAACAGCCACCAGGACUCCGCUGCUCCCUGGAAACGGUACUGGACAGGCGCAGACGAUGUCAGAAUUGCCUACGUCAAUAGCUCGUGCACCUGAAAGCGUACGCCCAGCUUCAAAUGGCGCACACUCCGGUGCUCAGAUAAAAGCCUCGGAGCACAUCACACAGAAGCCAAAGGAGCAAAUCACGAAGAAGCCGAAAGAGAAUAAAACACAGAAGCCGACGGCGAACGCUGCAGCAGGUUCGGCAGGCUUUGCUGGCUUUUCAAAAGGAUUUUUGUCCAGCGGUGGAUCAGGCAAGAAGGCACCUGCUCUGAAUGUUAAACCUGCUAGCUCUGCAAGGCAAAGCCCAGUGAAGGCCACACAAAAGUCCGAUGACUCAAUGCCCUUCAUCAGAGCACAGACAAAGGGAGAGUCAUCGAGCACAGCAAGCACACUCGCCUUUCCUGAAGUGCAAGAAGCGUUGAAAGCAUCUGAGCCGCUUUUGGCAAACACGAAAGAAUGGCUAACAGAAGACCUCCAGCAGGCUCUGGCCAGGAACUCGAUCCUGGGUCCACGGUUGGCCGAUCCGCGAUUUGCAUCGGUCCUGGAAGACUUCCAAAGGGACCCGCAGGAGACACUUCGCAAGAGUCAGGGCAAUGAUGAAAUGAAAGUAUUCUUGCAAGAGUUCUGCCGAGUCAUGGGUGAGCACUUCACACGCCUGGGCGAGUCUCAACCACCGAGCUCUACAAACGGUGAGCCGCAGGCUGAUUUGAUACGACCGACCACAACUACUUCACUGAAAGCAUCCUCAAAGGGUGAUUCAAGAACGACACCAGCUAUCUCCGAUGGUGCCGCCGGGUCUGGCUCGAUGACGAAUGCGGACCAGAGGAAGAUGACGCGCAUACUGAGCAGGCCGGACAUACAAGAGAUCUUGAAAUGCCCAGAAAUUCAAGCGAUCUUUGAACUUGCUCGUACGAAUCCAGCAGAAGCGAGCAGACGCAUGGCCUCCGGAGGACCGCAGAUCCAAGGAUAUGUGAAAACGCUCGUGGAGGCAGGCUUGUUAGCCUUUGCUGCGUGAAGCGGUUCUGCAUAGUGGACCAUCCUGCACGCACGGCGCCACAAGUUGCUGAUAUUGCAGAUGUAGAGCCAUCAUCAUUGCUGCUGCCUGCAUGUUCAUUCUCAGCCUCGAGCUGAUUUCAGCUCAACUACCACCGACAGCCACGCAGUGUGGCAAGUGCUCGACCCGGAACUCAUACAGCAGCAGCAGCAGAGAAUUACAAAUCUGAUCUUCUACACACUAACGUCUUCCACAAGUAGCUGUAUUCUCUUAAGAUUCCCUGUAGGAUCCUUGACGAGAAGGGAACAAAAACAGUUGAUACUACCUCUUGAGAA